GUGAAAGUCAUUGCAGUACUAAGUAGUCUAGUCAGUUUCAGGUCUUCAGGUGUCACAGAGUGGUCAACUAUUGCUUCAUCUACUUCUUUUUUUCUCUCACUGCCGCAGCUACCUAGGUCAAGCGAUCAGCGUUUCUACUCCAGCUCAUUAGCUCCUAAAAAGCUAAUUGUUAACAAAAGUCAUGACAUUAUCAUUCCACUUGUACUCCGAGUUAAGUUGUGCUCCAACAUGGCGGACGUAAUGAUUGGCCACGCCUACUGCAACCUAUCUAUAGUAAUAUUUAUUUUGCUGUGACCUUUAAUAUAAUGGUAUUCAUUGGAAUACCAACACUAUAACUCUACAUGGACCUCACCUAGUCCAAGGCAACAAGCAACUCUAUAAGCUAGCAAUUUAAUGUCUACUCCUGGAAGACAGAUCCAUCAUCAACCAGACAGGAUCUUGGGUAUUAAAGAUCUAAAUGAAGUUAUUGGUACACUGGAAAGGAGUGGAUUUUCAGAGGAUGGGUGGAAUGAGCUAGGUCUUAAGCUACACAUCAGUCAGCCAAAGCUCAAUACAGUUAAAGCUAAUAAUCCUCAUGAUGUGAAAGGACGUCUUAGAGGAUGUCUAGAUCUUUGGCUCCAGCAGAGUUAUGAUACUUAUAAAUAUGGUCUACCCACAUUGGAGCUAUUAGCUGCUGCUGCUGAAGAGAUGGGAUUAAAAGCUGUAGCUUCUGGAAUCAAUCCACAGGGAAGCACUCAGUCACAAACAAAAUCGCCAAAAGAAAUUCAGCAUAUCAUUGAAGUAUACUCUCCUAAUUAUAUUAAAAAUCUAAAAGGAAAGUUUGCAUCGUUUAAAACCGAACUCCUUAAGCGACUUUCCAGACAUAUAAAAGAUGGUGUAAUAGAGCUUAUCGAUAUUGCCAGAUUUGUUGGAGCGACAACUAAAGUUAAAGGUCUAGCAACUACAGCUUCUGUUGAUGAUUUGUUUGAUUCAAUUCAAGAUCACUUUUCUUAUCUCAAUUGUGAACACAUAGAAAUCUUUGUUAGUGAUUUUCUGAAUGAUGAGGACAAGGAUUUAAAGGACAAAAUGAAGGCAUACAAAAGAGAUCUUGACAAUUUUGAAAAAACCAUAAAGCUAAAACAACUUGAGAAAGAUUUAGAUAAUGUACGUUUAACACAUUCUCAUUCAUCUUGCAAAGUUGUGAUCAAGUUGGUAGGUGAAUGGGAAAAUGAAACUCUUGCUAAACUUAAAGACUUUUUGAAACAUUACUUUAAAGAAGAUUCCCUUUUUAAUUUGGUCUGUGUCACAGAUGGAUGCUUAAGUGUGACAUUCCUAGUGCCUCUUUCUUUUUCUCAGUAUCUCAUUGAUACUGCAACUCCACAACUGAAGUCUAUGUCUCGUGUUGGUGUACUUCAGCUGAUUAUUAACGAUGUUGAGCUUCUUGAUGGAAAAGAUGAUAUCAAUCUUGAUGAGUCACUAAUUGAAGCAGUCAAGUUAGAUAAACCAUUUGAAGUUUCUUUGUUGUUGUCAUUGGGAGCUGAUCCGUACUAUGAAGAUGAUAAUGGAGACAAAGUACUGGAGUUAGCAAUACAGGGAGGGAAUGAAGAAAUAAUAGAAUUAAUAUCAAUAGCUACAGAUACACAAGUUAUGGAAUUAGAAAGUCAAAAGGAGUUAUCUGAUGAAGAAGAUAGAAAAUUUGAAAAUGAAAAUGAAAACUUAGAAGUGGAGAUUCAGAAACUACAGGACUCCAAUGCUGUUACCACCAUAAUACCACUAACCCACUUACCAAAUAUGGCUACUGCUAGAGGAGAAACUGGAGUAGAAAUCAAUGAUCACUUAGGUAUUGAAGAUCUUGGUGAGGUUAUCAGUACAUUAGAAAAGAGUGAAUUUUCAGAUCACAGAUGGGUUGAAUUAGGUCUUAAAUUACACAUCAGUCAGAAAGAGCUUGAUACAGUUGGAGCUAAUAAUCCUCAGGAUGUGAAAACAUGUCUUAGAAAGUGUCUAGCUCACUGGCUGAGGUGGAAUUAUGAUGUUGAUAAGUAUGGUAAGCCUUCACUGGAGAAAUUGAAAGCUGCUGUAGAAGAGAUGGGAUUGAGAGAUGUGGCUGAUAAGAUUGCUCAAGUUAAAAAAGUUAAAGAUUUUUGCCAAUUAAUAACAAGGUUUGAAGCUCUUGUAGACAAAAUUCAUGGACAUCUAGCGGACCAAGUGAAGCAUCAAAAGCUUCAAGCUGGUAAAGUUGUACGUGUAGAGUUCAUAGAAGAAAAAUGGAAGCUCAGUGAAGGCAUCCCAGAUGAAGUGUCCAUUGACACAUUGUUCAAUUACAUUCAAGAUCAUUAUUCUUUCCUUAAUUGUUCAUUGAUAGAAGCUAUCGUUAAUAAGCACGUUGACAAAUCAAGCCGAUUACAAGAAGAUAUGAAAGUGUAUGUUGAAGAAAUGAAUCAUUUUAAGCACUCACAAUGUCUCCAAGACCUUCAAUACGCAAUAGAAAAUGUAGAAAACUACAAUCCCUCAGAAGGCUCAGAUACCAGUUGCAAAGUUGUCAUCAAGCUAAUUGGAAAAUGGGAUAAGAUGAUCAUAAAUGACUUGGAGUCAUUUCUAAGGCAUUACUUUGAAGAUGAAGAUGUAUUCAAUUAUCUUCAAAUCACUCCAGGGUCAGUAUGCAUCUCUUAUCUGGUACCAUGUUCUGCCAUUGCUCACAUUACCACUGCUGUCAAGUCAAAGUCUGAAUCAAUGCAUCGAGUUGGUGUAUUUUACUUUUCAAUAAAUGGCGACAUACUUCUUGAUGAAAAAGAUGUUAACUUCAAUGAGUCGCUAAUUGAAGCAGUCAAGUUAUGUGAGGUCUAUGAAGUAUCACUGUUGCUGUCAUUAGGAGCUGAUCCAUGCUAUGAAGAUAGUAAUGGAGACAAGGCACUGGAGUUAGCUAAACAUACAGGAAAUAAAGAAAUAAUGCAAGCAAUGGCAACAGCUAUGGAUUCACAAGUUAUUAAACGAAAAAGCCAAGAAGAUUUAAGUGAUGAAAAAGUUAAUAAAGAAACAACUGAUGAAAAUGAAAAAUUAAAAGUGGUGAUUCAAAGACUACAGGACUCUAACGCUGAACUUGAGAAGUCAUUAACUGCUAGUAAAAGGGAGAUUGAAGAGCUACAAUCACAAAAAAAAGAAAGCGAACAAAAUUCAGAAAUUGACAAACUAAAGGAGUCAUUAGCUGAAAGUAAGAGCACUCUUGCUAAAAGUAAAGAUGAGUUGCUAGCAUUACAGAAGGAAAAUGACAAACUAAAGGAGUCAUUAGUUGAAACUAAGAGCACUCUUGCUAAAAGUAAAGAUGAGUCACUAGCAUUACAGAAGGAAAAUGACAGUUAG